CUUCACGGAUUACCCACCAUACAGGCUACCAACACAAACUCUUGAUUCCAGUAAACUGCUAAUAUCUGGGCAUGCAGGGCUGUUAUGUUUUGGUGAUCGGACUCAUAUGAGGAAUUUAUGAAAAAUGUGGUAACCUCUCAGCGACCAUAAAAAACACCUGUUAUUUCAUGCAGCCUUGAAUCAGGUGUUAUUGCUGAUCACCAGGUCUUGGUUGUGUUUUGCUCUCUCAGGAAGCACUACAGCGGAGUGCUGGUUUGGUCAGUAUGCAAGUCUGGUUGCCUCUGGUUUUAAUGCUGAAUCUGGGGGUCACACACUCUCUCGGACAGAAUGAUCUUGGUGAACUUCCCAUGCCCCAUGGUUUAACGCUGCAGUCGAAUCUACCUGAACAGACCCUUUUUCUGACAUGGGAGAGUGACUCAUCGCAUUUCGACAUUGAGAUUUUCCACACUGAACUCAUGAAUGUGGUGCUAAAUGAGACCGUGGCAGUUAAAGCAAAUCCUUCAACAGGACAACAUGGUUGGAGUUGGCACUCCCCAUUACCAUUGGAGUGCACCUCUCACUCUGUGCACAUUAGAGCACGAAAUCAACAAACAGUCAGCCAGUGGAGCCCCCUUCAGACCAUUCCAGGGUCUGAUAUUCCUGAGAAUUCUGGAUCUCAGAUGUUUCCUCAGGACAAGAUUGUAGCUGUGGGCAGCAACAUGACCUUCUGCUGUAUCGUUGGUGAGGGGAAGGACUUUGACAGAAUUUUGUACAUGGGACAGAAGAUGAGCACCACACGCUUAAGCAGAAGAACUUAUGCUAUCUCAGUAACCAAUCAACCACCGUCUGGCAACAAGAGCACUAAUGUGGUCUGCUGCUCCCAAAGAGGAAUCCUCUUUGGAUCUGUGGUGUUUGUUGGCUAUCCACCGGGCGAUGAGGGUUUGGUUUGCGAGACUCGGGACCUGGCAUCUGCAGAAUGCUCUUGGAAAAAAGGACGGGACACUCACUUGAGAAAAAAGCUCAGCCGCACUAACUACACCCUUAAUGGAAGGGAUUGUUUGGAGGCUAAUAAUGGGAAGAUCUUCCGGUGUAACUGGACCAUGUGGGAUGGGAACUGGACUCUAGUGGCUCAAAAUCCUCUUGGAACCAUUCAGCUCACUGACUCCGCCCGUCUCACUGAUCGCGUACAUCUCUUGGCUCCAGUGAAUGUGGCCGCAGUAGAUGUGAAGGCGUGGAAUGCCACACUGCAGUGGAACUGGUCUGUAGCGGCGUAUGCAAAACUGGACAUGAUUUGCCAGCUGCGGCUCAUCGGCCAUGAACACUUCAUCACACACAACUACAGCGGCAUGGGUUUAUCGUCUGUGGUGCUGGAGGGUUUGUGGCCAGAUGUCGACUACACAGUGUCUGUGCGCUGUGGUUCUCUGCACAGUUUCUGGAAAUGGGGAGAUGAGAGCGGCCCCUACAGGAUCCACACUAAAAUGGACCGUCCCGACUCUCCCGAUAUAUGGAUCUGGAUGGACAGUGAAAACACAGGACAUGUUUUGUGGAAACCUCUGUCUGUGAUGGAAAGUCACGGUGUGUUAGACGGGUAUGAGGUUUCUCACAGCACAGCAGACGAAGCCAUGUGGACUAUGGUGUCUCUCCCUCAAGAUGACUUUAGCUAUCCCAUCACCCUUAACAAAAGCAGUGACAUCACCAUUGCUGUGGCAGCACGUAACCCAGCUGGUCUUUCCCAGCCUUCCACUGUGACCGCACCAGUGUACAGAGCAGAUACUCAGGUGUCUGUUUCUGAGCUGUUGGGCACAGAUGGAGGAUUCAACCUGUCCUGGCAGCCUUAUGCCAAUGCAAGCAGAGGGUAUGUGGUGGAGUGGGUCCCCUCUGGCUGCAGUGAGCUUUGCCCUGUUCACUGGGAGAAAGUUCCCGAAUCAAACAGUAGCAUCAAGGUCCAGUCAGUUUCCCUGGAGGCGGGAGUACGGUACACAAUAUCUGUAUAUGUUCUCUCUGCUGGAGCUACGGUACUGCUCCAGCGAUGGCAUGGAUACACACAGGAAAUGAUUCCUUCACAGUCAGUGGGUGAACUGUCAGCCAAUCAGGUUGGCUCUGAUGUGCUUUUGUCAUGGAAAGCCAUUGCGAUGGAACAGCAACGAGGCUUCAUACGUGGAUACACCAUCUACCUGGCAAACGCAACACGUCUGGAACUCAUUGGUAAUAUGUCCGAUCCUAAAGUGAGGUUAUACAGGGUGAGGCGUUUGUCUCUGGGGUCAUACAAGUUUAUUGUAAAGGCCUACACAUCAGCUGGAGAGGACACCGGAUCUACUGUAGCCAUUAAACUGGAGAUGGACAAUGACAUGUUGGUUGUUGGUAUUCUGGUGUCGUUAGGCGCCAUGUUCUGCUGUCUGAUCCUCAUCAGCAUUUUCUGCUACAAAAAGAGAGAGUGGGUAAAGAAAGCAUUUUAUCCUACAAUUCCUGGACCUGAAGUAUCUGGAGACUGGUCCUCCCCUCAGGGUCCCCUGGAUGUGAAGCCCUCUCCUCACAGUCUGGUCCACAUCGAAGAGGGUCCUGAGUGGGAAUUCAGAAAGAAGGUUCUGGUUCCGGUGCGAGAGGAAGAGGAGGAGUCUGAGAAUGAAAACAUUGAGGCAGACACCGAUUCCGACGAACCCGUCUUCCUGAGAUACUACAACCAGGUGGUUGGUGACCGUUCGCACAGUAACCAGGUUUUAGACUCAUCUGGUUCUUCAACUGCCUCUGUGGGCUCCACGCAGACCGAAAUCACCUACACUGGCCUCCAGAGCCCGACCUCCUCACAGGGGGCGUACGGUAGUGGAGGUUACAAACCACAGACGCAGUCUGCUGCAGGUCCAGCUGAGCCACAACUCAAAUUUGUUCCAGACUUCCAAGAGGAGAGCUUGAAUAUGGGUUAUAAACCCCAGUGUUCCAGGCAGCUUGACUCUCCUGACGUGGGACUCUUAAGCGGUUCACUUGGCAGCCCUACAUCGGUCACGUCAUCCCAGUUCCUUCUUCCAGAAUCUUCAGAGGCGAAACCGCAGCCUUCCAACACCUGGUUCCACAAUCUUCUCUCUGGAAAUUUUUGAAAACUUCAACAUUUCUUUUCCACUUCAAUUCAUGCUGUUCACCUUUUGAGGACAUUUUUCAGUUUGGUGCCUUACUGGAUAUCACUCACAAUUUAUGUAAUCAAACAUCACUACUGUUUGGGACUUGUGUUAAUGACCAGAGGGGUGAAGUACUACUGAAGAGCUGGAGGUAGUUGUAUCUUCUGACGCUUGCUCGGAACCGUUUGAUGUUUACCUCCUAGGGGGCAUCCGUUCAUACUACAGUGUUCCUGUCUUUUACCAACAGUAGUUUUAGACAUUUCUAGUGUUAUUGGAGUGGUCCCAGAAAUUCUACAUUCUUAUGGCAUUUCAGCAUUUUAUUUUUGUUGUAUCACUCAAACAUGGGAGAUCAAAAAGUGGACAAAAUGGUGCCUGUGAAAAUGUUUUGUUUGAGCAAAACCAGUGCAUUGAGGGUUUGUUCUUGACUACUUUUUGCAUUCAUAUUUGAAAGUUCUUACGCAGCCUUAAGCUAUAAUAUCACUGUUAAUCAUUGUGUUUUACAUGUAACGAAAUGCUGAUAACUAUAAAAAAUCAGCUCAUUAUAAAAACCGGACAGACAGACACACCGCGUUUACAUGAGGUUAUGAAAUUAUCAGAUUUUUCUCCAGUCUUGACAUAAAAAUGUAAACAGACAUGCACAUGUAAAAGCUGUCAAAAACAGUUUUUGACAUUUCCCCGAUACAAGAACAUUGCUUAAGAUGUUUACGUGAUCUUUUAUAUUGUCAGCUUGCUUGUUUAAGAAAUGUUCCUGGCUCAAAACAAGUUAAAGGGAUAGUUCACCCAAAAAUUAAAAUUCAGUCAUUGUUUACUCACCCCUGUGUUGUUAUAACCCUAUAUGACUUCCCUCGUGACAUGGGAUGCACAAGCAAAAACGAAUUUUGUUUAUCUAAAAACGGGUCCACCACGGCAAUAGUGACAACAGAACACAACGCAGCUGCGCAAAAACUAGAGAACAGAACUUUCAAAACAUGUCAAAGUUUGUAGUCGAAGAAUAGAUGCAUUUCUAUGCCCAACCUUGUUUUCUUCAACGGGAGUUCUCAAUCAAAGAGAGAGAUGGAGUAGGCGGGAAUGUCUGUCACCUCUUCUCCAUUCUGAACCGGUGAGUAUUUGUGACAGACCUGAAGAGCGUGAGACCUCCACAAAAAUAUUUGGUAGGUGUAACGAAAACCGAAAACGAGCGCGUCACAGCUGGUUAGUACAAAAACUCUGAUCAACAUGGAGACUUGCGAUUACUUUUAUCGCGUGUCGUUUGCCAUCAGCUUAGGACAUGGUGUGAUCGUGGCUGCCUGAAGCCUUCUCUACAUUUCUGUUUGAUUUCCAAGUAUUCUGUUUAAUAAUAAAAUAAGGCUGGACAUAGGAAUGCAUCAAUUCUUCAACUACAAACUCUUCAGACAUGUUUUGUAAGUUUUGUUCUCAGGUUUUGAGUGCAGCUGUGUUGUGUUGUGUUCUGUUGUCACUAUUGCCUGUUUUUAGAUAAACAGAGUAUUCAUUUGAAUGCCUCAAUUUGUGAGAGGGCUGAGUGAACUGUUGCUCUCGUGCCCUAUCAAGAACACACGUGCACAGGAGAUCAAUGGUCCGUAAACAUUUUCACUAAAUAAUACAUACAAUUUAGUUUCUUUCUCACCAAGCUGCAUCAUUUGCUUUCAUAACAAUCAUGGAAUAAUUUAUAAGUCUUCUGAAUUAUACUUUUUCAUUCUUUUGAAGCUUGGAAUGAUUCCAUUGUAUGACAUCACUGAGCACAAAAUGUUUAACAAUUUCUCCAUUUGUGGUAAGAAAUAGAAAGUCAUAUAUGGUUAUAACAACACAGGUGAGUAAACAAUGACAGAAUUUUCAUUUUAUGGAUGAACUAAUCUUUUAAGUUAAAUCGACAGCAUUUGUUGACAUGACUGUGAUUACCACGAAAAAGUAAUUCGACUUGUCCCUCGUUUAUUUAAAAGAAAAUGCUGGUUGCGGAAUGAAAGUUUUGAACUUGUCCAUCGAUUAUUAAAAAAAGAAAAAGCAAAAACUGCGGUUACUUUAUGAAACUUGCAAUGAAAGUGAAUGCUGCGCUGUUUCAACAGUACAAGACAUAAACAUUAUACAUAUAAACAUGAUUUUAUUUUGAUAAAACCUCUGUUCUGCACAAUUUUAGAGUGAUAAAAGUGCUUGCAUCAUGGUAACGAACUUGUAAUAUUGGAUAUAACUUUACACAGAUAAAGUGAUUUCAUUAAACUAAAAUCCUGUUGAAACAUCACAUAUUUACAUCCUGUGGCUAUAGUUUUAAAAAAAAUGCACUUUACUUUAAAGGGGUUGUGACAUCAGGAAUACAAUUUUUCUUGAUCUUUUGACAUAAGAGGCCAUUGUACUAUAAAUCACACUAAGUUUCAGAACUCAAAACUUCCUUCUCACUGCAAAAAGAGCAUUUGUUGAAACCGAGCUGCCAAAACGACUCAUUCUCUACUUCCUCCAUUGUGAUGUCACACUGUGGUACAUAUUUGCAUCUGACCGCCUCCACAACACAUCAACGGCUACUUUACACUUCCGUAACUGUGCUAGUAGCGGUGAGCAGUGAGAUGGCAGAGAGACAAUCAUAACUGUAGGCGUUUCUGUCAAAUCUUAAAAGGAGAAGCAGAACCAAACCGAGCAUUUCCGAUUGAUCAAAAUUAUCAUGUUUGGAGCAUAUGCCUGUUUUUUAUGCAGAAAAAAACUUUACUAAUAUUACAAGUAAACCUCAAGGAACAUAUGUACAGUAAAUAAUAAAAGAAGGCAUGUCAUUGAUAUUUUAACAUUUAUAGACCCAUAAAUUCACUUCUAACAUCCCUUUUUUUUAUUUUUAUAUAUAUAUAUAUAUAAUCGAGGGACGAGUCGAAAACGUACAAUCUUUCGUUGAAAUCUUUGCUUGUAAAUGCACUCUGUGUUACUUGAUGAUAACAAAAAAAUUCAGAAGAAAAUUAUUUUUUUUAUUUUUUCAAAGGUCGGUAAUAUUUAACGAAAGUGGCAUUAUCCAAACAAUCUGUAAAGCGUCUCGUCAUCUUUGCAUUUCAUACUUGCAUAUAUCUGGGACUCACAAACGCAUAGCAUUUACCUAGAUAUGACAUUGGCAACCAUGUGCACCAGUAUACUUUAUGGGGGGCAUAUAUUAUAUUUGCUGAUUGUAGAAAUAUUAGUCUAGGAUUUGUGUGCUUCUCUGCUUGUUUCAAGAAAUUGUGAAAGACUUUAAAAUGACCACAGUGCCUCAGGAGCUUAAAUGUACAUAUUAUCCAAAGAACAGCACCUUUUACCAUUUUACAAUUCUGUCAUCAUUUAUGCACCCUCAUGUCAUUCCAAAAUGACUGGCUUUUUUUUCUCUGGAACACCAAAGGAGAUGUUAUGCAGAAUGUUCAAUUGCUCUCUUCCACACAAUGAAAGAAGAUGGGGCACCAUAAAAUUAGUUCAUAUCAUGCGCUCAUCGCUAUAUUCCAUGUUUUCUGAAGCCAUACGAUAGCUUUGUGUAUGCUGAAAAUACAUUAUUCUGUAAUAAUAAGCACGUUUACAUGGCAAAUAGCUUCCAAAAAUCAACUUAUAAAAAAAAAAAAAAGCAGGUUAUUCUCUGCUUUUUCUCUCAGGUUAUAACACUUGUGCACAUUGCGUAAGCCGGUAAGAACACCUAAUGCCGGCUUGGUAAGAUCGUGCAUGUAAAUACGCUCAUUCUUGCAUUGAAAAGCUAGUUUAACAGCCGUGGUCACCAUUCAUUGUACGGAAAUGACCCGCUUAGACAUUAUGAAAGUCAUAGGGGUUUCGAAAGACUUGAGUUUGAGUAAAUAAUGACAGAAGUUCCAUCUUUGGGUGCACUAUUUGUUUAACUAGCCUUAGCGACAUCAUCUAGCAACAACCUGAUUUUCCCAGAACUUAAUCUAAUAUCCAUAUAUUAGUUAUGUGUGUGACUACUGUGAAGGCCUUUACCUGAACACUGUGUGCAUCUCCUGUCAUAGUGAGAACAGUAAGAAUAUUAUAUACGUCACAUCUGGACAUUAUAGGGUCUGUUCGCGCAUGCAACACUGAGCCCGAGUAGUUGACGUCAACAUGAAAUCAAAAUGGGCCCAGUUUAUUUGGGGUCAGUUUUGACUUUCCGAGACUUUAAAGAUUGUUACACGGCAGUCUUUAAACUGAUAACGUGUCUGUUUGGCAUUGGAUUGGAAGGGCAUUAGAUGAACAUUAUUAGAACGGAUUUUGGGUGAUUAUUAUGGGAUAGGUCGGCAUCUACAAGCAUAUGUUGCUUACAGCUUUAAACACUACUGUGAAACACAUUAUUUUGAAUAAUGAAAUGGUUACUAAUUUGUUACUUGUCCAGUCAUACUUUACUUUUUGUUUUUAGGACACCUACUAAUGUUUAUCUUUUUAAUUUUGUAUGAAUGUUAAAUGCAUGAAAAUAUGUAUGUGAUGUGUUGUAAGGCAAAGCUUUACGGUCAAGUUCAAUAUACAUAGCUCAGCAUUAUCUAGAUUUCAUAGCCCAGAUUAGUUUUUAAUAGUGAAGAAAAUGGAUAAGUAGCUUAUUUUUGUAUUAUUGACACUCUGGUUGAAGGGUGUAAGUGUCAAAAUCAUCUCAAAAGGCUACUUUCUCAUUACAGAGUGGUAAUUUCAUUGUGAACACAAAAAGAGAACAGAUUUGAGUGACUUCCGUAUGUGAUCACACAGGAUAAUACACUGCAAAGUAUGAGGAGUUGGUGUAAAUAUGGAGUUAACACUAUUGUGUGUGUAUAUAAGCUUUUCUCUUGUGCAUGAAUAUCAUCAGAUAAGCAUCCAAGUUGAUAUUGAUUAAGAUUACAUUAAUGUUAUUGCCUUUUAUAUGCAUGGCAGAUUCCACUUUGUGUUUUCAGUGUUUAAAGGGGAAAGAAAUGAGCUAUGUAUGAGGAUUAAGGCAUAAUCGCAGGAUAAACACUUGACGAGUGUGUGUAUACACAUGUGUAGGAAAUUAUAAAGAUGUAUCCAGGCAUCUGGACUCUUAAUACUAUGCUAAUACACUUACAGAAUUAUACCAUAUGUAGUAUUAUAGAAAAUAAAACAA